AUGUCUAGUCUCGUCGAUGCCGUUCUCCAGUCUGAGCUGGGAGGCUCAGGGUCUGGCGCCCGUGACAACAUCCGUUCCGAUAAUCUACCGAGUUCUCGACGUUCGGAGAGCAAUGGUCCCAUGAGUGAUAUGAAUGCCUUCCCCGAUGACCGCGUCGUCGGGGCCAGUACAUCCGCUGUCAAUCGGCUACGGAAUCCCUACGCCCCGGGACCUGCUCCCGUGGUGGAUGAGGCUGGAGAAAGAGUGCGAGCCGAGUUUGAGGAGCUGCUGGAAACAUUCAUUAUGGAUCCCUCCUCAUCAGCACCACCCUCGUCGGGUGAGAUGCUGAGCGACAAGUACUACAUUGCCCAAAUCAAGGGCUUGAAGAAGUUUGAGCUCUCCACGCUCUACGUGGAUUUCAACCACCUGGCCAAGUGGCACAACCCCAUUCUGGCCGAUGCCAUUGCCGAGCAAUACUAUCGAUUCCUCCCCUUCCUCACCAAGGGUCUCCACAACCUGGUUGCCAAGUAUGAGCCUGAAUACUUCGUUUCCCACCGACUCGCCUCGAGCGCUUCCUCCCAACCUAGUACCUCGGUCGCAUCCGCCUACGCCAGUGUAAACGACAACCCCGACCUUGAACGCCAGAUCCGUGAGAAGACCCGCCAUCAGCAGACCGAUAAGCUGUUCGCGCUUGCUUUCUACAACCUGCCGCUGGUGUCUCGACUCCGCCAGUUGCGUACCAAACAGAUCGGUCGGCUACUCUCCGUCUCUGGCACCGUCACACGAACCUCCGAAAUCCGGCCCGAGCUGUCGCUGGGAACAUUCAUUUGCGAGGGCUGCAGAACGGUUGUGCCCAAUGUUGAGCAGACUUUCAAGUACACCGAGCCCACCGAAUGCCCCAACGCAGUCUGCGGUAACCGCUUUGGCUGGCGUCUGGAUAUCGGCAAGAGCACCUUCGUCGAUUGGCAGAAGGUCAAGCUUCAGGAGUCUUCUCAUGAGAUUCCUACCGGCAGCAUGCCCCGUACGAUGGAUAUCAUCCUGCGUGGUGAGAUGGUUGACCGUGCCAAGGCUGGCGAGCGAUGCAUUUUCACCGGUACUUUGAUCGUCGUUCCUGAUGUCAGCCAGCUGGGUCUGCCUGGUGUGCGCCCUGAAGCCGUUCGGGACAACACCUCUUUCCGUGGCAGCGAGGUUGGUGGUGGCGGCGUGUCCGGUUUGAAGGCUCUCGGUGUCCGUGAUCUGACCUACCGUCUUGCUUUCCUGUCAUGCAUGGUUACCCCUGAUACCACGACACCUGGCCAAAAGCCAGAGCAGCAACUCAGCGGACAGGCCAACAACAUCUUGGCUUCGUUGAACCAGAAUUUGGACCCGGAUAUGAAUGAUGAGAAGGCCCAAGAGGCGUUCUUGAACAGCUUGACCGCAACCGAGGUCGAGGACUUGAAGAGACUGGUGCACUCAGAGUACAUUUAUGGACGACUGGUGGACUCGAUUGCCCCUAUGAUUUGGGGUCAUCGCCAGGUCAAAAAGGGUCUGCUGUUGCAAUUGGUUGGUGGUGUCAGCAAAAGGACUCAGCAGGAAAGCCUGCAGCUGCGUGGUGAUAUCAACUUGUGUAUCGUUGGCGAUCCAUCCACCAGUAAGAGUCAGUUCUUGAAGUACAUUUGCUCCCUUCACCCACGUGCAGUCUACACCAGCGGUAAGGCUUCGUCUGCUGCCGGUUUGACUGCCUCGGUCGUCAAGGAUGCCGAGACGGGCGAAUUCACCAUCGAGGCCGGUGCUUUGAUGCUUGCUAACGGGGGUGGUAUUUGCGCUAUCGACGAGUUCGACAAGAUGGACAUUGCAGACCAAGUUGCCAUCCACGAAGCAAUGGAACAGCAAACCAUCUCUAUCGCCAAGGCUGGCAUCCACACAACCCUCAAUGCCCGUGCCUCCAUCCUCGCUGCGGCCAACCCCAUCGGUGGCCGUUACAACCCCAAGUUGACCCUCCGACAGAACUUGAACUUCAGUGCACCCAUUAUGAGUCGUUUCGAUGUGUUCUUCAUCAUUCGCGACGACCCCAAGGAGAACGUUGACCGCAAGCUAGCGGAUCACAUUAUCAACGUCCACAUGAACCGUGACGAGGCUGUCCAGCCAGAGCUCAGCACUGAACAGCUGCAGCGCUACAUCCAGUUCGCCCGGACAUUCAAGCCGACGUUCACCGAGGAGGCGAAGGCGCUGCUUGUCCAGAGAUACAAGGAGCUCCGUGCGAACGACGCGCAGGGAGGCAUUGGUCGCAGCUCAUACCGUAUCACCGUUCGUCAGCUGGAGUCACUGAUCCGUCUGUCCGAGGCCGUGGCUAAGGUGAACUGCGUGGAGGAAGUCACUCCCAAGUUUGUCAACGAGGCCUACGACCUUCUGAAGCAGAGUAUCGUGACUGUUGAGAAGGAUGACGUUGAGUUUGACGAUGAUGUCGUUCCUACUUCUCGCCACAAUGCCGACGAGGAUGAGGAGAUGGCCGAUCGCGACCGUGAGGGUGACAGCCCCAUGCGUGAUGAGGGCGAAGAGGCACCGCCCGUUGAGAAGCCCGAGCGCCAGAAGACCAAGAUCACCUACGAGAAGUACGCAAAGAUUCUCAACUUUGUCGUGCAGCGCAUCAGAGAGGAUGAGGUCAACCAGGGUGAAGGUGUUGAGCAGGAAGACCUUAUCAUCUGGUACCUGGAGCAGAUUGAGGCUGAGCUUGAUACCCAAGAGGAUUUGGCUCGCGAGCGCGAUCUGUGCACCAAGGUUAUCAAGCGUAUGGUCCGUGAGGGUAUGCUUCUGCGCAUCACGUCUAGCCUUGAAGACGAGGCUUCGACCCAACAGGACGGCGAGGGCGACAAGGUUCUUUACGUGCUGCACCCGAACAUUGCCUUUGAGGAGCUGUAA